GUUCAGGCCCGGGCUCUGCUACCUGUCAGCUGUGUGGCCCUGGGCAGGUCCCUCACACUCUGUGAGCCUCAUUUGCCUCACCUGCGAAGUGAACUCACAGUGGUUGGGUGGACCAAGUAAAGGGAUGCACAUCAAGCCCCUGUCAAGCCACCUGGUGCUGUGUGUGCUAUGGAUGGUAGCUGCCCUCAAGGAGGGCUCUGCAGACUGAGGUGCUCUUCAGAGGGAGUGCAGGCGUCCAGCUCCUGGUGUGAGGGAGGCACCCUGUGCUCCCUGGCCCAUGAGACAAGAUUGGGUUUGGGGGCCAGGGCAGGAGGAGGGGCCCAUCACAGGGGAAACGGCUCGUGGUGGAGCAGCUGAGAUGCAGCUGGGCCUGUGGCCUGGAAGGCAGUCUUGUGGGUGCCUCCUCCCCCAGCCCACAACUCAGGUCUGCAGCUGGGUCCUGCCUCCUUCUGAGAGGGCCAUGGCUGGCACAUGGCUGCUACUUCUCCUGGCCCUUCGGUGUCCAGCCCUACCCACAGGUGUUGGCGGCACACCCUUUCCCUCUCUGGCCCCACCAAUCACGCUACUGGUGGAUGGGAAGCAGAAGAUGGUGGUGGUCUGCCUGGUCCUUGAUGCUGCACCCUCUGGCCUUGACAGCCCCAUCUGGUUCUCAGCCGGCAAUGGCAGUGCCCUGGAUGCCUUCACCUAUGGUCCUUCCCCAGCAAUGGAUGGCACCUGGACCAGCCUGGCCCACCUCUCCCUGCCCUCUGAGGAGCUGGCAUUCUGGGAGCCUUUGGUCUGCCACACCGGGCCUGGGACUGAGGGCCACAGCAGGAGUACACAGCCCCUGCAGCUGUCAGGAGAGGCUUCCACAGCCAGGACCUGCCCCCAGGAGCCUCUCAGGGGGAUGCCUGGUCGAGCGCUGCGGCUGGGGGCGCUGCGGCUGCUGUUCUUCAAGCUGCUGCUGUUUGACCUGCUCCUGACCUAUAGCCGCCUACGCCGGCCCAUGGGCCCGCCGCCUUCCCCCACAGCUGCCACCCGCCUGCGAGCCCUUGGCUUCUACCGACUCCAUCCAGCCACAGAGACAGGGGGAUGAGAAGCCACCAGCUCACCCAGGCCCUUACCUUGGUACUACCGCUGGGGUGACACCCCUCCAGGCUGGGAACCCGGGAGCCCAGUCUGGGAGGAGGGGUCUUACCCCACCAGUUACCCCACCUGCCCAGCACGGGCUUGGUGCUGAUGAUCUGCCCUCACAACUCCUUCCUUGGGUCUUGGAGCAUUUUUUGCAUGUGACCAGCCUCCUCCUCUGUAGGCUAGAGCUAGGGGCAGGGGUCUGCCACCCCUUCAAACUGUGAAGCUGUGUCUCUCCCAUUGGACAGGGGGCCCCUUGAGAGUGGUGAUCCACCCAGUUACAGGGGCUUUUGGGGUGUGGAUGAUUGAGAAUAUUAAAGAACUUAAAUGACACA